CGGCCGCCAGUCGCGCCGCGCACACCAAGCUCUUUGUACGUGUCGCAUCAGCCACGCUUAAUUUAUCGUAUCACGGACCCGCAGUGGGAUCGAUCGGACGUCUCCUCAGCUAUCACGCACCGUGACUCUGUGACUCCUGUGUCCUUAGUGUUGUGAUGACAUGUGCUUUUCUCGUGCCCGAUAACUGGAACGAUUUUUGUGGCGACCACUAAAAUUUUUGACAUCACCGCCGUCCGGCGCAUGCGGUGUGGCACGAUGGUGGCGUGAGCGGUCACCAUGCGCCUCUUCCGCGGGCCGAAGCGCAGGGAAGUGACCGCGCCGCGGGCCGCCGCGACGCCGUCUCCGCGCCGAGACGCCGCCGCACCCGCCCCCUCCGCCGCAGCCACUCAUACGCACGACUUCACGCUCGUCACCGCCUUACCAGCCAUGGUCAUGGAAGACGAUGUCAAGGAGAUGAAGAAAGUAUUCGCAACGUGGGGUCGAAGAAUGGGGAAAAAAUUAGAUAUGCUGAAAAAAGUUGACGCAAAAGAAGCUAGUGACGAAUCUCCGCCCAGUGAAAACUUCCGAGAUGAUUCCUCAACUCAUUCCACGAUAUCUGGUCAAUAUAAAAAGAAACAACAUUGGAAAAUGGGUCGAAGCAGUUCUGAUUCAACUUCACUAAAGAAGGAUAGUGACACGGAUUCCAUUCGAAGCACUUCAAGGGACAGAUCUCCUAGUCCUUUCAAAUCUUUUUUCCAUAGAAUGGGAUCCACUGGAAUGUUAAAUUCUUCGAAAUCUCAAUCUCUAAAUGUGCAUAAAAAUAAUGAAAAUUAUCCUGUUGCUAAUGGACCGUCCCUGUAUCGUAGUUGUUCUACUUCACAUCUCUCAACUUAUGUAAAAGCUGAUGAUCCUUCCGAUGACAUUGAUCUACAAAAUGCAGAUAAUGAGAAUAAAAAUUCUCCAACUAAACAAACCGAUGUGCUAAUAGAAGACAAGUUAACAACAGUUUCAACAAAGGCUAUUAGUUGUGACAAUAUUCCUAAUUUGGACGGACAAACUAAUAACAGUACAUGCAAAAAACCCAACUUUCCAUAUGCAUUUUUAAGGUCAAAGUUAUCAGUUUUACCAGAAGAGAAUAGUAUAUCCUCACAACAAAGAGCCAACUGUGUUAGACAAAGUUUUUCGGAAAGAUUGGAUCGUAAAUCUCCCAAAUUCAGAAGAGAAAGAUUAUAUUUAAGUAAUGCAAGAUCUGAAGAACGAUACCAAAGUAGUGACAGUAUCUCCAUCCAUGAAGACAACAUGUUACUAAAUAGUGCAUUAAGAAAUGACUAUGAUUUCUCCAGAAGUUCUAUGAGAAGCAUCAAUGAGAUAGAUAGUAAUAUGUACCCAAUACGACGAAUAGAUGAUACACCAAGGCGAUCUUCAAUGAUAUCGCAUCGGCCUCCUCUGGAUUAUGAUCCUAUGCUCAUUCCAAGAAACAGAAAUAGUUUACCGGUCUAUGAGUAUAACUCUAUUUUGGGAUCCAUGAGAGAUUUAAAAGCUGAACUAGCAUCUUCAUCACAAAGCAUUCAUCAUGGCCCAGAGACUGGUGAAGUUCUACAAGCACAUCGCUUAAGUAACUAUGUUAGUUCCAAUGAAUCUGGAUACGAUAGUGAUGGUCGUCCAACUGAUGAACAUAGCAAUCAUUCUCCACCAGGUUAUUCUUGUCACUUGUCUUCUAGCUCCAUUCGAAGGGACAAUGAAAUUAACUCUGAGGUUAAUCAUAGUCCUUUCUCAAGACAGUUAAGCUUUAACCAUAAAAUCAAUAUAAGUAGAGUUCAGAUUCCUAUGAGAAGAAGUUCUACUCCAUGUGCAUUAUUUCCUAUUGAAAAAGGAACUGCAUACGAAUAUGAAAAUAUAAACCGGGAAAAUAAUGAUAAUUAUAGCGUUACCAAAAUAAAUCCUCAUAGUACUUUAGAACACAGUGAUGGCAAACCACCGCCACUGCCGAAAAAGACUGUAAACAAAAAAGCGCCAUAUAUUUACAAAACUAUUACACUGGAUGACCGUGUUCAAACAAGGAAAAAUAAAUUAUAUAAUCAAAUAGAAAACACAAUGAAUUCUAUUAAUUGUAAAGGUUCCAUAAAAGAGAUGAAAUCAGAAAAUUCAGUAUCAGAAAUAGAUAUUUUUGGUCGAGGACCAUGCACAAAACGAUUUCGAAAAAUAAGAUUGUUGAAAUCAAGAUUAGACGAAAGUUUAGGAGUAUAUUUGGCGCAACAUAGGGUAGACUUUGACAGUACUGGAUCAAAUUACGAAAUAAGGUACAUCGUCGUGAAACUAGACUUUGAUGGAAUAGCGCACAGGGAUGGCAGACUAAGGAUUGGUGAUGAAAUAGUUAAUGUAAAUGGCAGAGUUUUACGUGGCUUAUCAUCUUUGAAAGAAGUUCAGCACAUCGUAAACUCGUGUUCAACUGAAGCUACAACGGAAGAUGGGUCAUUAUUUCAAAGAUAUCAAGUAGAUCUUGUAAUGGCUCAUGAUGAAAUAACACCAAUAAGCUUAAACCGUAUUAUGAACAGUCAAUCUAAUGAAACAAGCCCCGUAAAAUCAUCACCAUCGAAUGUACCACCAGAUAUUAUUUCACAAACAGUGCACAAACCAUCAUCUUCUCAUCAAAUAACUAUUGAAACCCAUUUUCCAAGUGACAACCAAUAUUACAAUGCAAAACAAACCAGAGGCCAAGGAAUACCAGACCCCAAUAUGAACAGAAAUGAAUCACAAAAUAAAUGCGAAGUUGGUGUACAAGUAAAUAAUGGAUUGAUUCAUCCCAGUCACAAAAGCGACGACGAAAAAUUAUUAGAAAAGAACACCUACGCCCAGACGACAUCAUCUUUGCAAAACGUAACGAAUAUUGAAAUCUCGAUGCGAUCUUCACCGACGCCUAGAAAUCAGCACAACAGCUAUAGGCCUAUAUCACUCCACAACUCUAGAGGGUUACCAAUAGUAGGAUAUCCAGGUUGUAAUGAUAAUACUACCAACGAAAUUAAAGAAAAUUCUCCUCACUACAUAAAACAUGUUCCAAGGUUGUAUCAAAACAGGUCUUUUGAAAGUAUUCCAGAACAACUGAGGAACAGUAGUCGAAGUAGAUUUUUCAGUAGAGUUGGCUCACAAAGAUGUUCGCCGAAUCACAAUUCUCACAUGUCAAGACGUCAAGAAUACACGGCAUCUCUUCAUGAAGGCCAACACGGAGGUCACUAUUCCCACAAUUCCAUACAAAGAGUGGAAUUUUGGAAAGGUCCAGGUCAUAAGAGUCUUGGUUUCAGUAUAGUAGGAGGGACGGAUUCACCAAAAGGGCAAAUGGGAAUAUUUGUAAAAACUGUUUUCCCUAACGGCCAAGCUGCUGACACGGGUAGUAUAUUCGAAGGUGAUGAGAUUUUGUCUGUAAAUAACGUUCCAACGCGCGGGCUGAGCCAUGCAGGCGCUAUUUCUCUUUUCAAGCAAGUUAAAGAAGGGAAGAUUGAAUUGACGCUUUCUAGAAGAAGAGCACCUAGGUCCAGAUCGGUGGAACCUCUUGGGAAUUUUCGUGGCGAUGGCAAAAAGGAAUAAUACUUCCGAGCCCUGUACUCCAAAGAGUAUUAUUAUUAUUCAGUGCAAUAAAACAUUCUUACUUUUUUAGGUAUUUAGCCAAAGGCGAAAUCUCGUAGACAUAAAACAUUUCUUAUUUUAUUUUUAAUUGACGAAUCGUUGGUACAACGAUCUUUUGUAAAUUAUAUUAAAUUACUUCUAUGAAAUGUUCGUUGUGCACAAUAUUCUAGUUUAUGGAUUAUUGGGUAUUAUUAUUAUUGUGCUAAUGCAUUAUGUUGCAUGGUUAAUGUUAUGUAGUUACAGUAUGAUGCUAAGUAAUUAUAGUCAAUCAUGUUAUGCUAAAUGUUUGUUAGCUUUGUAUAUUGUGAAUACCAUAAGACUGUAUCGUUUACUAUAAAUACUUAACUAUAUUGAAACUGUUACUUAAUGAUAUUGUUAUAAUUUCAUUUAAUACUAGAUCUCGUUAAUCUAUGUACAUAAUCAGUAUGACUUAAACAUUAUAUGCAAUGUCAAUAGUGAUCAAAAUCCACUUUAUUUAAUCGACAUAUUGACAGAUAGUUCAUUAAUAAAUAGACUGAUAUAAAAUAGGUACUGAACGUGGUACCGUACAUUUUGUACAUAAUUAUUAACUGACUACAAAUACCUGCCUCUGCCAAAGCUUUAGGUAUAUGGAAAACUUUAAUAAAUUUGUCUGAAAUGUAAUGUGAAAGCAGACAAAUGCCAUAAUGUUAAACAAUCUAAUGCUACCACAUAUCAAAAUUAGAAGUGAUAGGAUUCAAAAGGUGAAAUUAAUGACUUAAUCGGAUGUUAAUAUCAAUAGCACAAAAAUAUUAUGUUGAUCAAAGUGCCAGAAAAAUUUAUACGAUUGUUAUGCCCAUUUCCGAUUAAGAUGUUAAAAUGUUGACCUUAUUGCCGUACAGAAUUCUCACCAAUUUCUUAUGCUAGCAUUUCCCAUGACUAUUCGUAUAUGCCGUAGCUAACGGUCAGUUUUAAUAUUCAAUUUCUAGUAAAAGUUAGGCUUAUUCUGGUUCCGUCACUUAGCAACAGUUGUCAUUUUAAUCUAAAUAAUAAAAUAUUUCGGCAGCAAAGCUCUAAUAGGCCUAUCUCCUAUUGAAGAUUGGUUAUAGAAACUGUCCGUAAAUUGACAGCGGUGGGCACUAGUCCCACUGCCGACGUUGAACGGGAAGCUAGUAGAGACAGAAACUAGCUGACGAUCAGAGAGAAGCGAGUCUGUACCUCCGAUAAUCAUAAUAAUCAUAAUCAAAAUCACUUAUUCAGUUUAGGCUGUUACAAGCACAUAUGAAUGUCUAGAAGCUACGACAUCGGUUCGUAAAUCUACGGCGGGAGACCUUGUAUUGAGAAGAACCGGCAAGAAACUCAGCAAGGGCUGUCUUUUUUCUCCCUGUUUUAUUUGGUCGAUGGUUUGUUCCUGCUUGUUUUAAGCAAGUGCCCGAGUACUACGGACCAUUACUCGCGCCACUCGCUUGCGGUGACAGAUUUAAGCAAAAUGCACGCACGCGUUCCUCCAAGCCAGUAACGCGAAUAUUAUCUUUGACAGGUCUUGUCGUUUAGCCACGUAUUAGUGGAGUGACUUUUCGCGCGCGAUGUGAACGGUCAGCGAUCAACUAUGAAUAUAUGCAUCAAUUUUCUUUACACGGAAUGUAUAUAUAUAUAUAUAUAUAUAUAUAUAUAUAUAUAUAUAUAUA